CAUCUGGAACAGGCUUUCACUGUUAGCGUCAGUCAUAUUUGUUUUUCUCAGCAAUACAAGCGUUUAAAUCUGAUUUUCAAUAUGGGAUGUGAUGGCGGAACAAUUCCUAAAAGACACGAAUUAGUGAAAGGACCGAAAAAGGUGGAAAAGGUUGAUAAAAAUGCAGAACUCGCUGCUAAAUGGAAAUAUUGCGCUUUGAGUCAAGAGAAGUUAAAGCGUCCUGUUGUGGCCUGUGAGCUGGGCAGGCUGUAUAAUAAAGAUGCGAUCAUUGAGUACCUGUUGGAUAAAUCAGCAGAGAGGCCAAACACUGAGGUUGUGGCUCACAUCCGUGGAAUCAAGGAUUUGAAGGAGCUGAUCCUCACUGAUAACCCAUCAUGGCAGGGUGAGAGCAGAAACAUUAAAGGAGACUGUUAUGAAGACAUGAACUGUGCCAUGUUCAUCUGUCCUGUCGUCGGUCUGGAGAUGAAUGGCAAACACAAGUUUUGUUACCUGCAGACGUGUGGAUGUGUUUUCUCAGAGCGAGCGCUCAAAGAGGUCAAGACUGAGAUCUGCCACAAGUGUGGUGAUCCUUUCCAAGAAGAUGACAUUGUGGUGCUAAAUGGAUCUAAAGAUGAUGUGGAGAAGCUGCAGAAAACAAUGGAGGAGCGCCGGCUGAAGGCAAAAACAGCAAAGAAGUCAAAGAAGAGCAAAGAUUUAAAGGUCACCUCCAAGCCGCAGGAUUCAGCAGAAGGAAACAUUGAGACCAAAAACAUCUCUGAGACUCAAUCUACAUUGCUGAAUGGAGAGAGCAGCGGUGCAAACGACAGUGAAUCAGCUCCUGGUCCCUCAACCUCCGGUGAGUGCUCGAAGAUUGUAAAGACCCCCGCGGGACCCUUGACCGGCAGCAAGCGAUCUAUCCAAGACAUGCGGGACAAAUCUGAUACCUACAAAUCGCUGUUUACCUCUCACAGCUCUGCCAAACGCACCAAAGACCAGAUCUCCAACUGGGUCACUCACACGCCCUACCACUUUUAAAUGCAUCCUACCCAGAAGAGUGCGCUCUCUAGUGGGCAGGCUUUGGAUGAGCAGUAAAUGACACCAAACUAUCUAGUGGAUUGAUGCAUUGCUUUCUGCUUAUUUUUAUUUUGCAGCCCAUUUAUAAUUUGAUCUUACUCUGAUAUCUUUUGUUGACAGUGUGCAAACUUAUAUUCCAGUUAGGGACGUCUUAUCUAUAAGAGAGCUUUCCAUGCAUGCUGAACAAUAGUCCUGAAGUGUUUUAUAUUGCUCUACGGCUGUUAUGAAACCUAUGUUAUUAUUUUUUUAUAAUGUUUUUGAUAUUCUGACUUUUACUACUGAUGCUCAUCAGCAGUAAAAGUGCUUUGCAACAAUAUCUUGUUUCAAUACAUGUUUUGUUGUGAGCUUAAUUCAGAUUUAGGCAUGAAGUGUUUCAGUAACUGAAUUGCAUUUAAAACAAAAAAAAAAUGUAAAUGCGUGUUUUUGUUACUUAGGAGCAAUAAUGCAUUUUUAUGAAGUACUGAUGUUACUUUUGAAAGUUCACGAAUAAUGCACUAUUUAUUGUACUUUUAAAUAUGCAUUAUUUGUGAACAGAAUAAAGGUUCAGUUUGGAAGAAUUCAUGACCUAUUUCUGUACAUUUGUAUUAAAGGGGUUCAUGUAAUUCUUCAUGUCUCCACAAGGUGGCAGUAGAGCUCUACAGUCAAGUGCUCCAGAGAUUCAUAAUUAAAUCUUUGGUAGUUAUUUAUUUUCUUUAUCAUUCAUAUUAUCAUUAAUGUACUACAGUCAAGUUACAGAAUAAAAUCUAGAC